UUUUACAUAAAUUUAUUAUUUUUCUCUAUUUUUCCCAAAGUUUGAUCAUGAAUAAGUAGUUUGAAAUCAUCCGGAAUCAUCAUAAGUAUGGUUCACCUCUAUGUUUCUCUCUCUAUGUAAAUAUCUGGUCUUUCUAUGUCUAUUUAUAGUAGAGGAAGAAGAAGAGAAGGGUUGAGAACAGAGGAAAACAGGGGAGAACAGGGGAAGAGAGAGAUGGGGAGGGGGAAGAUAGAGAUAAAAAAGAUAGAGAAUCCGACGAACAGGCAAGUUACAUAUUCUAAGAGGAGAGUUGGGAUACUGAAGAAGGCCAAGGAGCUCACUGUUCUCUGUGAUGCUCAGGUCUCUCUCAUCAUGUUCUCAAGCACAGGAAAGUUGGCUGAUUACUGCAGCCCCUCUACUGAUAUUAAGGGGAUAUAUGAGAGGUACCAGGUUGUGACUGGAAUGGAUCUAUGGAAUGCUCAGUAUGAGAGGAUGCAGAAUACGCUGAAGCAUCUGAAUGAGAUUAACCAAAACCUGAGGAAGGAGAUUAGGAGGAGGAAGGGGGAGGAAUUGGAGGGCAUGGACAUAAAGCAACUGCGCGGUCUUGAGCAAACUUUGGAAGAGUCUCUUAGAAUUGUUAGGCAUAGAAAGUAUCAUGUGAUCGCCACACAAACUGACACUUACAAGAAAAAGCUUAAAAGCACAAGGGAAACUUACCGCGCUCUAAUACAUGAACUGGAUAUGAAAGAGGAGAAUCCGAACUACGGUUUUAAUGUAGAAAACCAGAGUAGAAUUUAUGAAAAUUCGAUUCCAAUGGUGAAUGAGUGUCCUCAGAUGUUUUCCUUUAGGGUUGUUCAUCCGAAUCAGCCCAAUCUGCUUGGUUUAGGUUAUGAAUCACAUGAUCUUAGCCUUGCAUAAUGAGCAGUAAUAUUAUGAUUUUAUUGUAUUUUUAUUUUAUGUUUGAAACUUUAGAAU